AUGAGAGCUGUAGGACAGGCUGGGGGUUCUGUGUCUGAGAUGCCUCUCUGUGUUCCGCUGCCCUGUGGCCUGCUGCUCUGCUCCUGUGCAGGAGGCCGGGAUGGAUGAGACCUGUCCCCCCAUGCCUGUGUUCUCUAUGCCCGCUAAAUCACACACUGGCCUGUCAGCAGCGGAACACUAUCGACCUCACUGAACUCUACUGCACUUUACUACUGUCUCAAGUGACAGCCUUCAUCCACUCCCACCUCUCUGGGCCUCAUAUAGCUACUCACCAGCCCAAUAGGAAGGUUAUCAUUCUUUGUGGCCAUACUGGGGUUACUGCUGGGGUAUGGAGGGUUUUGAAGUUAAAGAUGCAACAUUAAGUAAUUUUUUCCACUGGGGAAUAAGUCCAGUGAUGUGGGUAAAUUGUAGUCUGUGUCAUUCAGUAGGGCUAGGAUUACCACUGUGUAGUGGAAUGGUGAUUGUGGGUAGCUGUGACUUUUCCUUAUGUAAUUUGUGCCUGCAAUGUAAAUCAACACUGUGUUUACAGUGGUUGGCUGGUGGCUCAGUGAAGAUUCAAAAUGGCCUCCUUCAUGCACGACUCAGUAAAUAUUCAUUUAAUGUUGUGUGGAAGUGAGGAUUCAAAGCCACUGGAUGAGAUGUUUUUGAAACGCAGUGCUCUUUCAUGUACCAACAUGCUAAACAUACUGAGGGUGUUUUACUGUGACAGCAAAAUGUUAAUUUUUUAUUUUCUUCUCUCCAGCUCAAAUCGAAAUAAUUCCCUGCAAGAUCUGUGGAGACAAAUCAUCAGGCAUCCAUUACGGUGUGAUAACAUGUGAAGGCUGUAAGGUAAGCACCCAGAGAACUAACAUGUGGGUGUUGGGGUGGGAUGGGGCGGGGCGGGGUGACAGGAAGCAGAAAAAGUUGAACUUACAAAUAGAUACCUUUGAACAUGUUGUCUAACUUUUGAAAUGAUCUUUCGAGAGACUAUAAAAUGUAAACACACAGAGAGCAUCAUCAUUAAAGUGGUCAAGCCACACAGAGGACAUCACGGAGCUCCACUUUUAGCAGGACAAAGUGACUCCUCUGCCUUGUACUGCCUCUCCAUCCCAGGGACAUGUUGCUUCAAUGAUUCUGCUUCUGCUGCAGCUUGCUUUUUCUUGAAAUAAAAUCAUCAAAAGAAGUGCUUUGAAUUUUAGAGGAUUGUUGGCUGUUUGCUACAAUAUGCCGCUUUUAUCGAAGCUAGAUUUUGUACUGUUUCAAAUACACCAGCCAUUCACAGUGAAGGGAAUUUAUUUUGUGCUUCUAGUGUAUUCUUGUUCCUGUGCUUGUCACUAGGCGAGUCAUUAGUAUUCCUCUGACAGGCAGCAGCACCUUUACUGGUUUCCUCCUGUGUUACAGAGAGACAGAGGCUCUUUCAGCUGCUCCUCAGAGUGUCUCUCUCUCCCCCAGACGAGCUAGCUGCCUGGGAGAAACAAAACGCUGAAGAAUAAACUGCUGAAAUGUAUCUUUAAUGAUUGCUAAUUACUCCAGGCAGAGAGGCAUUUAAUGAUAUGUGCGAGUACAACAGUUUGGACCAUAAAUCACAGCAUUAUUAAAGAGCGCUGCUUGUCACCAGCAGUUCUAGCCCGGCUCAUGUAAUGGCUGCCAUUAUGAAGCAACUUGGCAGCUGUCAGCUGUUUUCUUGUAAUUAAACAGCCAAUGAGCAGAUAAUUAAGACAUAUGUGUAUGGAGAAGUGGAGUGGGGCAUGUUGAUGAUGUGCUGGAAUCAAUUCAUUAAGUCAAAGGAUGAGGAAUCCAAUCGGUGUGUGUGUGCCAUCUUUUAGCACUGUACGUGUUGGAGCCCUGUUUUUAAUCAACACUAAUAACCCAGACUAUAGAAAAAUGCUGUCUACAAUUACAGUAAUACCCAAACACACAACCCCCUGCAGUAAACAUUGUUAAAACACACCACCCCUUCAAUAAAACAACAUACCUCUUUAUACAACUGACACUAGAACACAAUAGCCUGCAACGCAAUGGCAGUUCAGUAUUCUACAUUAUUUCAGCAACAAUACCCUCCAUAGUGAUGAAUACUGUAGGCUUCAUCACUCUCAAUAAGUACCCAGUGAAACACAACGUUUAGAGAAAUAAAAGCCUAUCAGUCAUUGGAUACAGCAGGACCACUAUGGUUCAAAUUGUAAGCAUGGUUGUCUCCACUCCCUCUCUCUCUCCUGUCUUAGGGCUUCUUCAGGAGGAGUCAGCAGAGCAAUGCGGCCUACUCAUGCCCCCGUCAGAAGAACUGCCUGAUCGACCGCACCAGCCGCAACCGCUGCCAGCACUGCCGGCUGCAGAAAUGUCUGGCAGUGGGCAUGUCAAGGGACGGUACGUACCACCGUCAACAAGAGGGGAGGGGACGGACACACUCUCAAGACAGGACAAAACAUGAAAGUGAAUAGGGCAUUAUGGGCAGAUAGAACAACUGGAUUAUGAUAUUUGUUUAUGAAAGAUAGAUGCGACAGAUUGUUAUAUCAUAAACGCCAGAGUGGCUAGAGUAGAGAAGUGUGGUCUAGACAGACGUCAUUGUCUGAGUAAUUUCCACCAGUAACUGGCGUGGCUGUGCGGUAGGUUGGCAGGUGUGACAGAAAGUAGGGUUGAUGAACAGAGGGUCGUUAGGAGGUGUCAUUAGUGCUGGACUGGUGCAGCUGAGGCGCAGUAAUGGAAGCUCACAGGUGAGUGUCUAUGGGGGAUGAGGGACCUCCUGCAGGGCAUGUGGCUGGGCUGGGCUGGGCUGGAUUGGGUUGUGCUAGGCUGGAGGGAUCAGAGGAGCCUGUAAUCAGGCCAGGCCUUUAGAGCCUUUCUGCUGCUCACACACGCAAGCACACACACACCAUGCACACACACACCAUGCACACACACACUAUGCACACACAAUCAGGACAGGCCAAGGUGACUCCUGCAUUCACUCAGCACACCAGAGUCCAUCUGCCCGCGCUCCCCUCUGCUCCGUUUGCUUCCACUCUGUCCACACACACACGGGCCGCCAGACCCCAGAACUCUGAGCUGAGGCGGCUCACUCUCAGGACCAGCUCUGUUUUGUGUGCAGGGCUCCAUUAAACACACUGUCUCGUGUCUGAGUGGCCUGUAAGCUGUGAGUCAUUCUGGUUUACUGUAGGUUGCUCUCCCGGGGGAGUUCUCAUGCAAUAAAGAUGUUAGUGUUGAAGGUUUCGUAAUGCUGACUGCUCCACUAAUACUUCCUGAAAUCACAAAUCUCCUUACCUGUUAUAGACAGGCUAAACUGGAGUCACAGGUGAGUGAUAUGUCAAUGUGUCAGUAGUAAAGGAGUGUCUGCUCUCUCCCUCUCUCCCCACAGCGGUGAAGUUUGGGCGCAUGUCGAAGAAGCAGCGGGACAGCCUGUAUGCGGAGGUGCAGAAACACCGGCUGCAGCAGGCGCAGCGUGACCAUCAGCAGCAGCCCGGCGAGGCUGAGCCGCUCACACCCACCUACGGCCUCUCGGCCAAUGGCCUCACAGAGCUCCACGACGACCUCAGUGGAUACAUGGAUGGCCACACCCCUGACGGCAGCAAGCCCGACUCAGCAGUCAGCAGCUUCUACCUGGACAUCCAGCCCUCCCCUGACCAGUCCGGCCUGGACAUCAACGGCAUCAAGCCCGAGCCCAUCUGCGACUUUGCCCCCGGUUCAGGCUUCUUCCCCUACUGCUCCUUUACCAACGGAGAGACAUCCCCCACCGUGUCCAUGGCUGAGCUAGGUGAGGAGCAGGGGGGAGAUGGGAGAGGAGAGUGGGGAGAAGGAGGGAGAACAACUCAACCGUGGGGCAAAUGACACAAAGGUUGCUUAAAAUAGCAGGUGGUUGGAGACUCAUCUCCAACACUCAUUAAAAGAGCCUCUUUUUUGUAAUUAGUUUCCAUUAAUUAGGGCCAAUCAGGAUCCAGCAGGGCACGCGUCUGGGGAAAUCAUUUUUUUUGGCUCCCCUGUGCCUUGGAACUCCUUUUAACAGAUGUGUUUUCAAAACCAUUUAAAUUCUUAUACUCAAUAUUUCUCUCUGAGCAAAUGUGACCUUUGUUUCAAGUAAUAUUGUGCGGCCGACCGCCCCUCCUCCCAGUGCAUAACUAGAUUGGGUUUGGCUGAACCUUCAGCUGGGAGCUUCCUGGAGGCAGUAAAAGGACAUGUCAACAAGCCUCUUACCAGUCAAAAAAAGGCCAUGUUCUCCACCUCCUCGUUGAAAGCGCAGUAAAUAAAUCAUAUUUUCAUGUGGCAUAGUUUAUAUGUGAGCUCCUCCCAUUCCCCUUGAGCAGCGUUCAGUUCUGACACUGUUCUGAUGUGCUGUGCUGUGCUGUGUGGUUGUGUUGCAGAGCACCUGGCCCAGAACAUCUCCAAGUCUCACAUGGAGACGUGUCAGUACCUGAGAGAGGAGCUGCAGCAGAUGACCUGGCAGGCCUUCCUGCAGGAGGAGAUGGAGAGCUACCAGACCAAGGUACUGUCCAGUAUACUACACUUUCACCACUAUCACGACCACAAAGCAGUACUCACACUAGAGCUGCUCUACCUGCCUUACUGUUCUACAGACACAACAGAGCUAAUCCCAUCCUUUUCUACAGCAGAUAACCCUUUUAUCUUUCCUUCUCUCUAGCCCCGGGAGGUCAUGUGGCAGCUGUGUGCUAUCAAAAUCACAGAGGCCAUCCAGUACGUGGUGGAGUUUGCCAAACGCAUCGACGGCUUCAUGGAGCUGUGUCAGAACGAUCAGAUAGUGCUGCUGAAAGCAGGUAUGACAGCCCGUCAACACGGCUCACCGCCGUCUCUCCCCCACACACCCCUCAAACUCCCCUCUCCCCCUCAGGCGUUGUCACAAGGGCGUAGCUGACCUGACUACACAAAGCCUCCCUCACAGACUGACUGUGUUUCACAGAACCCUGCCUACCUCCUCCCUCUGUCCCUCUGUUACUGUCCCUCUGCUGUAUAACCGUACACAGGCUUACAGUGCCUUGCAAAAGUAUUCAUCCCCCUUGGCGUUUUUCCUAUUUUGUUGCAUUACGACCUGUAAUUUAAAUUGAUUUUUAUUUGGAUUUCAUGUAAUGGACAUAUACAAAAUAGUCCAAAUUGGUGAAGUGAAAUGAAAAAAAUAACUAGUUUCAAAAAAUUCAACAAAAAAAAGUGGUGCGUGCAUAUGUAUUCACCCCCUUUGCUAUGAAGCCCCUAAAUAAGAUCUGGUGCAAACAAUUACCUUCAGAAGUCACAUAAUUAGUUAGAUUGCACACAGGUGGACUUUAUUUAAGUGUCACAUGAUCUGUCACAUGAUCUCAGUAUAUAUACACCUACUCUGAAAGGCCCCAGAGUCUGCAACACCACUAAGCAAGGGGCACCACCAAGCAAGCGGCACCAUGAAGACCAAGGAGCUCUCCAAACAGGUCAGGGACAAACUUGUGGAGAAGUACAGAUCAGGGUUGGGUUAUAAAAAAAUAUUUGAAACUUUGAACAUCCCACGGAGCACCAUUAAAUCCAUUAUUAAAAAAUUUAACGAAUAUGGCACAACAACAAACCUGCCAAGAGAGGGCCGCCCACCAAAACUCACGGACCAGGCAAGGAGUGCAUUAAUCAGAGAGGCAACAAAGAGACCAAAGAUAACCCUGAAGGAGCUGCAAAGCUCCACAGCGGAGAUUGGAGUAUCUGUCCAUAGGACCACUUUAAGCCGUACACUCCACAGAGCUGGGCUUUACGGAAGAGUGGUGUUCGCCAAAAGCCAUGUGGGAGACUCCCCAAACAUAUGGAAGAAGGGUGACUCCUGCAAGGGGGGGGGGGAGGGGGGGGGGGUUAGAGCAGGGAUAAUCAACUAGAUUCAGCAAAAAUGAAAUACUUUUUUUCCCCACUGUACUGUAUAUCUCUCUAUUAUACGUGGGAAUACUUUGGAACUGAUUUCCAGAAUUAAAAUCACUUGGAGCUGAUUUGCUGGUGUUUUACAGUGGGGAAAAAAGUAUUUAGUCAGCCACCAAUUGUGCAAGUUCUCCCACUUAAAAAGAUGAGAGAGGCCUGUAAUUUUCAUCAUAGGUACACGUCAACUAUGACAGACAAAAUGAGAAAAAAAAUCCAGAAAAUCACAUUGUAGGAUUUUUAAUGAAUUUAUUUGCAAAUUAUGGUGGAAAAUAAGGAUUUGGUCAAUAACAAAAGUUUCUCAAUACUUUGUUAUAUACCCUUUGUUGGCAAUGACACAGGUCAAACGUUUUCCGGAAAUGGUGACAGAGAUCCCUUGUCUACCGUGACAUUUUAAACCAGUGCCAUAUCAUAAAGCACAAUAACGGCUUCUAUUACCGUAUUUUCCGCACUAAAAGGUGCACCGGAUUAUAAGGCACACCUUCAAUGAAUGACCUAUUUUAGAACUGUUUUCAUAUAUAGGGCGCACCGGAUUAUAAGGCGCAUAGAAUAGAAGAUACUGCAGUCAAACGUUUGACUGGGGUUGCGUUAUGCAUCCACUAGAUGGAGCUGUGCUAAAGGGAAUGUCAACAAAACAGUCAGAUAAAGUCAAACUUUAUUAAGCGUUCUGACAACUCCGUUCACUCCCAUGGUAACGUUGUUCAAACGUUAAUGUGCAUAUUAACAAUAUCUCCCAGCCUUGCUCACUCUUCUCCCAAACGUGGAGGGGAACUUUUCCCUGAUUCAGUAAACACGUAGUAAAAGAAACAGUCUGAUACCACUAAAUCAAACGUUAGUGCAUAACUCAACAUUAUUCAGUUACGUAUAACACGUAAAGCUCACUUUUUCAGUUCAUUCCCCGUCCACGAAUCCCUCGAAUUCUUCUUCUUCAGUGUCCGAAUUGAACAGUUGGGCGACUACGGCAUCCAACCUGCCCGGCUCCCUCUCGUCAUUAUCCGAGUCAGUGUCGCUGCUGUUGCCUGGCAGUUCAGAGAUUAUUCCUGCCUUCGUGAAAGCUUUGACCACAGUUGAGACUGAUAUAUCAGCCCAAGCAUCCACGAUCCAUUGGCAGAUAGUGGCGUAAGUCGCCCGGCGCUGUCUCCCCGUCUUGGUGAACGUGUGUUCGCCUUCUGUCAUCCACUGCUCCCACGCAGCUCGCAGUCUAGCUUUGAACGCCCUGUUGACACCAAUAUCUAGCGGCUGGAGUUCUUUAGUUAAUCCACCCGGAAUGACGGAAAGCUCCGAAUUAGUUUGCUUCACUUGUUUUUUGACAGCAUCGGUGAUAUGGGCGCGCAUUGAGUCAUAGAUCAAUAGGGACGGAGCUGUGUGGAAAAAGCCACCCGGUCUCUUGACGUAAAUUUCUCUCAGCCACUCACUCAUCUUUUCCUCAUCCAUCCAUCCCUUCGGGCUAGCUUUGAUGACGACGCCCGCUUGAAAGUUUUCUUUUGGCAAGGUCUUCCUCUUGAAAAUAACCAUGGGUGGAAGUUUCUGGCCAUUAGCCUGGCAGGCGAGAACUACAGUGAAGGAUGACUUCUCAUUCCCUGUGGUGCGUACAGACACCGUACUGGUCCCCGUUUUCUCCACAGUGCGGUUCACGGGAAUAUCAAAGGUGAGUGGAACCUCGUCCAUGUUGGUGAUGUGCUCUGGCCGGAUCUUCUUUUCAGUGAUCUUCUUUUUGCAGUAUGCACGGAAAGUGACCAGCUUUUCUUGGUAAUCUUUUGGCAGUUGCUGCGAUACGGUAGUUCGUGUGCGGAUGGAGAGAUUACGUCUUUUCAUAAAACGAAAGCACCAAGAAGGACCGCCUCGAAAUUCAUCGAUGAUCAUGUCCCGUGCUAGCGCUGUUGCCUUCAUUCGAAUAGUGACUGUAGAGACGCUUCUACUUGCUGCUCUCUGUUCAACAACCCACUGUUCGAGUUUGUCCUCUAACUGUGGCCAUCUCGCUUUGUUCCCUCGGAAACUCUGUUUAGUCUUCUUUACUUGGCGCAGGUCAUCUUCUUGCUUCCUCCACUUCCGUACCAUUGAUUCAUUAAUGUUGAAUUCUCUCGCUGCUGCUCUAUUCCCAUAUUCUACUGCGUGACCGACAUCCUUGAGCUUGAACUCUGCGUCAUAAGCGUGUCUCUUGAAAGGUGCCAUUUUGGGGUCUUUAUACACACACAAGUGGUGUGGGACUGUGAGUAAGCACAGUACCGGUGUUUACUGACUACGGUAGCCGUAAUGCUGCAAGCGGUGCGGCUUUGUAGUUUACCAGUCGUACUGAAACAUUUCAUUAUUAUUAAAUUGUUUUUAUUGGUUUUUCAUACUGAAACAUUUUGACAGAGCGCCUUGAGCGCUGUGUACAACCAGUAUAGAUCAACCAAUUAACCAAUUGAUCCAUAUAUAAGGCGCUCCGGAUUAUAAGGCGCACUGUCGUUUUUUGAGAAAAUUAAAGGCUUUUAAGUGCGCCUUAUAGUGCAGAAAAUACGGUACAUCUCUUUUAUCCUCUGAUCCAGUCCCACACAGCGCAGCAGUAUACAGCAUUAUGUUUCACCAUCCUUUCUUAUUAGGGUAAAGAAAAAUUUGUAUAAAUGGAAUGCUAUUACUUGUUCCAUGUGAUGGGCUUCUGUUUAAACGGAAUAGGAGGUAUAACACACAAAUGACAGAGGAAAAAACACAAAAUAGUGCAUAUGAUGUGUUGGGCCUAUAGUGAUGCCUGACUGGCGUCUCUAACUGGAUCUGUAGAAGAGAAGAACCCAGAUUUAGCAUGAUGUUAUUUCUGUCUCUGCAGGCUCUUUGGAGGUUGUGUUUGUGAGAAUGUGCCGUGCCUUCGACUCUCAAAACAACACAGUCUAUUUCGAUGGAAAGUAUGCUGGGCCCGAUGUGUUUAAGUCAUUAGGUAAGUGCUCCAAGUGUUCAAUCCUGUGCACGUGUGUGCGGUGAAUUUGUGUGCACAAGUGUGUGUGCGCAAGCAUGAGCGUGUGUGUGUUUCCGCAAGCUUGCAUUGCUAUAUAUAACAGUCAAACCUAGCGUAUCUCUUUAUGUCCCUCCACAAAGUGCUGAGGUCCAGGAAGCUAACACUGAGAACUCAUCCUUGCUUCACCUGGAUCUCUCCUCUCCCCAUUGGAUACAUAUGGAAGAAUAUAGUUGUUACUGAGUCACUGCUGCUCCAUAUGGCUCCUGCUAAAAUGGAAUAAAUCAAGCCAGAUUGAGUGCCUUUUGGGAGAGUUAUAUCAAAACCAUCAUUAAAAGCGCCAUAGAAUAUGUCAGGUGUAAGCAAAUAGAAUUUGCUUUUGAAUGCCAUUACAUUACUAAGACACUCCACAGUGUAUUCUCCUGUGCAUCCAAAUGCCUUUGGAGGAUAUUAAUGUGUCCUUGUGGCAGUGUGAAAGUGUAGUAUGAAAGCCUAACAGGUGUGUGUGUGUGUGCGCGCGCACAAUCGUGCGUGUGUGCAAGAUUGAAGAGUAACAAUGCUGUGCUAUUCAGUGUCAUGAGUGUGGCCUCCCUAUCAAGCCUCUCAGUGUCCUCAGCCAGCCAGUCAGUCAGACAGUGCUCCAGAGAGAGAAGAGCCUCGGGGCCCCGAGCAGGGGACGGGGGAGGCAGAGUGAUGGGGCUCCAGAGCUGCGCUGGCAUCAGCCUGUCUCCCACAAUCCUCAAUAAUUGAUCUAACUAAAAGACUCAUUAGUGACCUCAUUCUGGGUUGCGUAAUGCUACCCAACUGCCAGAAUGUGGCUAGUCUGCGAGGGAAAAGUCAGUAAAAGCAUCGCCUGUUCCGCCUCAGACGCUCCCCUGUGCUGUCAGUGCACUGCACCUCUCUGCCUGUGUGCCUCUCUCCCAAUACAGAUGAAGAGUGUGACUUGCUCUUUGGUCUGCCUCAUCCUCAUCCCCAAGCCUCUCUCUGUGUCUGUGUCCUUUGCUCUGGCAGGCUGUGACGACUUGAUCAGCUCCGUCUUCGAGUUUGGGAAGAACCUGUGUUCUAUGCACCUGUCUGAGGAUGAGAUUGCCCUGUUCUCCGCAUUCGUGUUGAUGUCUGCAGGUAGGUGUCACUGGCAGUACAAGCGGUGGGGGGGGGACGACAUGCAUAUACACACUGCAGGGUCUCUUAUGUACCUCAUGCCCUGAAACGACUCUAAAAAUACUUCCAUUGAAAACCAUCCAUUCAGCAUGUUCCUCAAUUAGACACAGAGAUCAGUCAUCAGUAUUACUGUGUUACUGAGUAUUACACCUUUCUCCACAGUAGAUUCAGAAAACCUUGCAGUGAUGAUAAUGGUUGUGUUUCUUCUCUGUGUAGACCGGUCCUGGCUCCAGGAGAAGGUGAAGGUGGAGAAACUCCAGCAGAAGAUCCAGCUGGCGCUGCAGCAUGUCCUGCAGAAGAACCACAGAGAGGACGGCAUACUUACCAAGGUACACCUCAUACCUACUGUCUGUCUACACACCCACUCUCAUCCACUGCAUCUUUCUGUAAUCUCAUGGAGGGACAGUAUAUAGACCGGAACUCAACUGGAGCAUCCAAACCUCUCCUGAACUCUGAAAAGGAUUGUGUACAGUAAUGCAGUUAUCCACUAUUGAACAAACAUUAUAUUAGAUCAAGUAGUAGAUUUCAGAGUUGGCAUCAUACACAAGCUAAACUAAGUGAAUAUUUUGGAGCAGAGAUACAGUGAGGGAAAAAAAGUAUUUGAUCCCCUGCUGAUUUUGUACGUUUGCCCACUGACAAAGACAUGAUCAGUCUAUAAUUUUAAUGGUAGGUUUAUUUGAACAGUGAGACAGAAUAACAACAAAAAAAUCCAGAAAAACACAUGUCAAAAAUUUUAUAAAUUGAUUUGCAUUUUAAUGAGGGAAAUAAGUAUUUGACCCCUCUGCAAAACAUGACUUAGUACUUGGUGGCAAAACCCUUGUUGGCAAUCACAGAGGUCAGACAUUUCUUGUAGUUGGCCACCAGGUUUGCACACAUCUCAGGAGGGAUUUUGUCCCACUCCUCUUUGCAGAUCUUCUCCAAGUCAUUAAGGUUUUGAGGCUGACGUUUGGCAACUCGAACCUUCAGCUCCCUCCACAGAUUUUCUAUGGGAUUAAGGUCUGGAGACUGGCUAGGCCACUCCAGGACCUUAAUGUGCUUCUUCUUGAGCCACUCCUUUGUUGCCUUGGCUGUGUGUUUUGGGUCAUUGUCAUGCUGGAAUACCCAUCCACGACCCAUUUUCAAUGCCCUGGCUGAGGGAAGGAGGUUCUCACCCAAGAUUUGACGGUACAUGGCCCCGUCCAUCGUCCCUUUGAUGCUGUGAAGUGGUCCUGUCCCCUUAGCAGAAAAACACCCCCAAAGCAUAAUGUUUCCACCUCCAUGUUUGACGGUGGGGAUGGUGUUCUUGGGGUCAUAGGCAGCAUUCCUCCUCCUCCAAACACGGCGAGUUGAGUUGAUGCCAAAGAGCUCGAUUUUGGUCUCAUCUGACCACAACACUUUCACCCAGUUGUCCUCUGAAUCAUUCAGAUGUUCAAUGGCAAACUUCAGACAGGCCUGUAUAUGUGCUUUCUUGAGCAGGGGGACCUUGCGGGCACUGCAGGAUUUCAGUCCUUCACGGCGUAGUGUGUUACCAAUUGUUUUCUUGGUGACUAUAGUCCCAGCUGCCUUGAGAUCAUUGACAAGAUCCUCCCAUGUAGUUAUGGGCUGAUUCCUCACCGUUCUCAUGAUCAUUGCAACUCCACGAGGUGAGAUCUUGCAUGGAGCCCCAGGCCGAGGGAGAUUGACAGGUCUUUUGUGUUUCUUCCAUUUGCGAAUAAUCGCACCAACUGUUGUCACCUUCUCACCAAGCUGCUUGGUGCCCAUUCCAGCCUUGUGUAGGUCUACAAUCUUGUCCCUGACAUCCUUGGAGAGCUCUUUGGUCUUGGCCAUGGUGGAGAGUUUGGAAUCUGAUUGAUUGAUUGCUUCUGUGGACAGGUGUAUUUUAUACAGGUAACAAGCUGAGAUUAGGAGCACUCCCUUUAAGAGUGUGCUCCUAAUCUCAGCUCGUUACCUGUAUAAAAGACACCUGGGAGCCAGAAAUCUUUCUGAUUGAGAGGGGGUCAAAUACUUAUUUCCCUCAUAAAAAUGCAAAUCAAUGUAUAACAUUUUUGACAUGCGUUUUUCUGGAUAUUUUUGUUGUUAUUCUGUCUCUCACUGUUCAAAUAAACCUACCAUUAAAAUUAUAGACUGAUCAUGUCUUUGUCAGUGGGCAAACGUACAAAUUCAGCAGGGGAUCAAAUACUUUUUUCCCUCACUGUACGCAGAAACUGUAUGUAAGAAAGGUGUACAAGCGCCAUAAGCUGAGGCGUCAAGAUUUCCCCUGGUGUGUGCCUGUAUCAAUAUUUACCGGUCAGUUUGUGAGAGAUGUUUUUUUAGCGUAUCUCCAUGUCCUUGCCUUACUGUGAAUCUAAAUAACAGCAUGUCUCUUUUCUUUUCUCCCCACAGUUGAUAUGCAAGGUGUCAACACUGCGAGCGCUGUGCAGCAGGCAUACAGAGAAGCUGACAGCUUUCAAAGCAAUAUACCCAGACAUUGUGCGUGCCCACUUCCCCCCCUUAUAUAAGGAGCUCUUCGGAUCGGACUUUGAGCAGUCCAUGCCCGUUGACGGGUAGCCAGCAGCCUUGCCAGGUGCCAGUGUGGCCACCGUGGGGAAUGUCAUGGGGAGCAUGAAUCUAAGACACUUUAACGGUGCCCUGCACAAACCAGGACGGCCGGCACGCUGCACACCUUUCUUUAUUUUUUUUCUUGAGGGGAGGGUUGGGGGUGUUUGAUUCUGUUCGUUUAUUUCAUUGGGAUUAGUUGUCUCUGUUUGGAACCCAGGUGGGACUCUAAGCCCAAGGGACAUGAAGAGAAGUUGGAGACUGCUUUCUCUCUGGAUGAACUUGACCCUCUCAUGCACAUCAUUCCAGCAUGGUCCCAUGAUGUCUCACACUGAUUAGCACUCAUUGUUUUGACUUGUUUCUACAAAACAGAAUUUACUGUAUUGAGAAAAUUAUAUUGAAUUUGGUUGUGCACAUGCCUAAUUUAAAAAUCUCCUCAGCAACCAACAAUCUGUCUCUCUACCUGUCCUCUGGAGCUCCAAUGUCCCAUGUCUUAUUGCAUUGGAAAACAGAUCCAUGUCAAUAUUUAUUUGUUAUUAAAUCUAUACUGUAUCAUAUACCCUAACGAAGAUAGCUGUCUGGGCAUGUGUAUCAUCCAUUAAUCCUUAGUAAAGAUUAUGUUAGAAUCUCCAAAUGGAAAUUAAUUGCUGCUAAUGUUCAUGUCCUGGUCAAGUUCAGCCCCUGUUCUCCUGUGUUCAGUUGUAUGUUUGGAAUGCAGUGCUUAGAAUGAAAACUCGCAGUGACUUUGAGAGAGGCUCCUUCUGCGUGGCAAUGUAAACGGCACCUCUCUAUGGACAAUCGUCUAAAAAGAAAAGUAGAAUUCUGGUAAUUCUAGUCAAAAUGCAAUGAUUUUAGCUGUCAAAGACUCCAUCCAUCAUGGUUGCUUAGUGAAAUCAUGGAAGGCCAUCUGCUAUUAAACCUUGUGUGGACAGGUGCCCUGGAGAAACAUAGGGCACUGCUACACCGAUAAGAGUCCAUCCCACCUGUUUUAUUAUAUACUACAGGGUAUACGGUCAGAAGUACCUACUAUACAAAAAAAAAGUAAUGUUUAUAGAUUCUAUUUUAAAUAACAUUAGUAUUCAGACUAUUCUUAAUUGUUGAAUUGAUAAGGCACUUUUAUUUGCACCUUUCUUUAAUUUAAGACUUGUAUAUUACCUAGUGAUGUGUUGCAUGUGCACAAGAAAAACAAGUUGAACCAUGGUCACAGAGGCUAGUCCUUAGAGCUGCAGACACUGCUGGUCUGGGUGGGGGUUGGUUUGUUUGGGUUGGGUU